GAAGCUGAAGAAGAGUGUGAGUGUAUUUCCCAUGGUUCCACUGUUGAUGGAUGCUCUGUCAGUACUGGUGCAUCAUGGGUAAGCAGGUGACACAAAUGUGCCUAAUAAGCUCUGGAUCCCAUUCAGGAAGUUGUGAUGUGCUAACAGCGCCGCUCUCCCGGGAACUUUGCUCGUUCCAAAGCAAUAUUUGCAGCAUUCUUCAACCUCAUGUUCUUGCUGAGGGGCAACCAUCUGUUGUCUUGUUGUUCAGGAAGUGGAGCGUUUAGGAGGGAAACAGGGAACGUCAGGUGUUUGUCUGAUUAAAAACACGCCAAUGUUGAGAAGUUAGGACGUUUUUCUAGCAUCUUAUGUGGUGGAGGCGUCUUACAAUCUUCUUACAAGCUUCCUACAAGCCUUUUACAAGCUUCCCGUGCAAGACCAGCGUCUGGUCAUGAAGAGGGUGGUCUCAUUCCGCCGGAGCGCGGGGCAGAAGGGAACGUGGCCGAGUUUGUGGACUGAUGACGGAAGGUCAAUAACCCGCAGCCUCUCGUCUCCUCUGCCUUGGGAGAUUCAGCAGAAAGACAACCAAAGCCAAAGCUAGUGAUUCCUGAGGCGUUUGUAUUCUUCUAGAAGGAGCGAGAACAUUCCUGAUCAGCAACUGUGAUUAUGAUACCAAUCAUCCAUGAUCCCAGCAGGUCAGAGGAGGCACCAAGCAGUGUGGGCGGGUUGUGUUUCCACCGAGUGUUUCCAGCGCAGCCAGCAUGAUAUUUGAGUCGGCCUCAGCAGAUGAAGUCACAUAAUCCUGCAUCUGCGCCCGAGGUUGUUGCAGAACUGCUGGGAUGCUCCCAGAAAGAAGUGUGAUGUAGACACUUUGUCAACAGAACCUGCUGGAGAUCAAAUGUGUGCCAGUCUCACACCUGAGUGACUCCCACAAACCACUUUAAUAAUCAUAACGGACAGAUAAAAAAUGGGCUGCUUCACAUUUGUCAAAAUGAUGAUGGUCUUCUUCAACUUGCUGAUUAUUCUGGGGGGUCUGACCUUGCUGGCCAUGGGAGUCUGGGUCAGUGUGGAUGGGGGGACCUACCUGCAGCUGCUGGAGCCUUUCUCCAGCCGCGGCCUGCAGCAAGUCAACCUUGGCUUUUUCUGUAUCGCCCUGGGAGCUUUUCUCUCGGUGCUGGGACUGCUGGGCUGCUGCGGCGCUGGCAAGGAGAGCAAAUGUCUGCUGCUCACGUUCUUCUCCAUCAUUCUGGUGCUUUUCAUCGCUCAGCUCGCAGCUGCUGUUGUCGCUCUGACCUAUUCUUCAUUUGCGGAGGAGAUCCUCGGAGCGUGGGCGACUGCUGCCCUAAAGAAGGAUCAUGGAAGUGAUGCUGUGCUCAGCAACAUGUGGAACGACACCAUGAGCAAGCUGGAGUGCUGCGGCUUCAACUACACAGACUUUGUGGGCUCCCACUUUGAAAAGGCAAAUGUUGGCAAUUUACCACCAACCUGCUGCCUUGCUGACAUCCUCCUCUGCAGCCAGGAUGAAGCCAAGGGAAGUUCUGUUGAGGGUUGUUUUCAACAAAUCCUCAAAUUGCUCAAAGAGAACGCAAACAUUGUGGGAGGCAUUGCAGCAGGAAUUGGUGUCUUGGAGAUGACGGCCAUGGUGGUGUCCAUGUACUUGUACUGUCACCUGGACAAGAGAGGCAGCUGAGAAACUAUUCAAUAUAUAUUCAAUGUACGUAAUACAGUGUGAGGAAUAGUAUGUCAUAGUAAGAUGUUUGUGAUACUUUUUAUGUUAGUCUUCCAGUGAGAAAGAAAAUGCUAAAAAAAUAAAAAUUUAUGAAAUAUUA